AUGAAGUCUGAAGCACCAACAUCCAAUGAAAUAAAAGAAAGCUUGCCUCCGGAUAUUGUCCAGACAAUAUUACCUUAUUUAACCUCAAAGGAUAUUAAGAAUCUAUCUCUCACCAAUAAAUACUUCAACAAGUUGCUAGAUUACUCUAACUCUUCUAUUCUAUGGCAUGAACUCUUCAGGAAGUCAUUCGGGAAUACUUAUACGAAUGAUGAGCCUUUCAUCUCGAAGAAUUCAAAGAGGUUUCAAACCUGCAGCGAAACGAUAUUGUUGAAUACUCACCCAGGCAUUGAAUGGGACAAGUUGUACAAUCUCAGAAAAUAUCGGAGCGCAGUAUUCACUUGGGGAUGCAUAAAGCACGGAAGACUUGGUUACACAAUUAGCUCUAAUAGUAGACUUUCUGCAGAUUCCAUGAAUCAGCUGGAUAGAAGAAUUACAUUCGGAGUUUGUAAACCCGUUGAAGUUCCUUGGAUGCUUUAUUCUGUACCAAUAUCUGGUAGAGCUAAUAGCUGGGAUGAUGACGAUACUGAGGAAGAAACAAACAUAUUAGGUGAAUAUGACAGAUCAAUUGUUCAAAUAUCAGGAGGUGGUUUUUCCUUCCAGAUCUUGACCCAGUCAGGAAAGCUAUAUUCAACAGGGGCCACAUACCAUGGCGGACAUAAUGGACCUGGUCCACUUGCUGGAGAACACGAUUUUCAACCAAUCGAUGAAACGAUCCGUUCUUUAGAAAGAAGUUUUCCAUUAGUGCAUGGACCUUUCAGAGUCAUGGGCUCCAUUGGUGAUCCAAUAAGAAUUCAAAAUCCACACCAUACGACAAACUUAACGGGAACUUUUCAACAGCAUGAAGAUAUAUAUGCAGAUCUUAUGAAACUUAGUGAUAUUAGCUCGAAAUGUUUACCAGGAAAUGAUCAAGUGAGGCGGAUGCUUCCAAAGUCAAUAUUCAAUGUGAAAGAUCCAAAAGAUUUUGAUGAAUCAAUGAUCGACAGUGUCAGGUUCGUCGCAGUAAGUUCAGGUAGAUCACAUUUUCUUGCGUUGGAUGACAAAAAUGAUCUUUAUUCUUGGGAUGGUAGAGAGGUAAACCACGGAGUAAAGCUGAUAUUCAAUGAUUUACCAAUGAGAAGUACCAAUCCAAUUUUGAAGAUAAGUUGCGGUUGGAACUGCAACUGCAUUUUUAUAUAUGGAGUGGGGUUAGUCGUGUGGAAAUCAAGGGAUACAACUGUAGGGUUUGAUGGAUUUGCUAAUGCUCAUUACAAAGUAAUUCCCAAUACAGGAGAAGUGAAUGGCGCCAAUAAAAUAGUGGACUUUGCGUGCGGAUCCGAUAACGCCGUCUUUUACAUUACAAAUGAGGGUGAAAAGCUAUGGCUAUACUCAAAUGAGAUAGAGAAGUACAUAGAUUUACCUAUUGAGGGAAAAAUGGUAAAGGUUCAGGCGUCUAAUAACACAUUAGCAAUAUUCACAAGUGAUACAUGCUAUACCGUGGAAAUUAAAGACAGCGAAGUUGCUCAUAACACUUUAACCAAGAUUGAAAUCACACCAAAUGUGAAAAUCAUCUCUUUAUCUUUUGGUGACUACCAUGGAAUUGCGUUAUCAGACACUGGGGACAUGUACACAUGGGGAUUGGAAAGCGAAAUGUGUGGAUGUCUCGGGCUUGGAAAACCGGAAUCUAUUGUUUCAAGUGGAGCUGGAACUUUUGAAAGAGCGAGAAGCAUUAGGGUCCAGAGGCCUACAAAGGUUGACAUAGAUGGAACAUGCGUUGCAAUCACGGCGGGUGGUUGGCAAUCAGGUGCAAUCAUAAUAAAGGAUUGA